AUGACCCAGGUAAAAGAGGGCAAUUUUUCUUCAAAGGGAUAUUUUAACGAAUUAAAUAUAGCGGCUUUGUCAGAAAUCAAUCGUCUUCGGUUCACUAGUCAAGAUCUAUCCAAUUUCGGUGCAUUGGCGCAUGGCCCAUUUGGGUCGCAAUGCUAUCCACAUCAUGAAAAAGAACUGUUGCUGGCAUCGACGAUCGCAAAUUGUCCCUGGACCCCUCAUUUGCUAUGUACCUUCCAAACUCCAACCAACCUUUGCUAUGUAAUGGACUUGGCCGAGUGUGGUAGCCUAGGAGAUUUGUUAGAAAGUAGUGGCCAGAUCUCAGAGAAGGACCUCAAGUGGUGGCUACCGCAGAUGGUUACUGCAAUCCAUUGGUGUCAUUCUCAAGGAUUUUGUCAUAGGGACGUCAAGCCAUCUAACUUCGUUGUUACCGCUACUGCCCAUCUUCGCAUCAUAGACUUUGCUUCUUCCGCUAGGCUUCUACCAUCGGACGAGGACGGCGUUCAACUCAUCCCCAAGGAGUCGUGCCUAGUCCUCUGUGGGACCUGUGAUUACAUCUCUCCAGAGAUCCUUACCAUGCAAGAGGAGGCACUUGUCGCUUUAGACUGCGAACAAGAAAUCUUUGUGUCCAAAGGAGAAGGAGGAUACGGCAAAGAGACGGAUUGGUGGAGUUUAGGAGCGACCAUAUACGAGCUUGUAUUUGGUGUCGCUCCAUUUUUCGCAAAGGAUAUCCGUGGUACUUACGAACUCAUCAUUAAUCAUGAGCCACCAACCAUUCAAUUACCACAAGUUGAAUACGACCUUCCAGCACAUUCGAUACAUGAAGAUGACCAGGACGAGACGUACUCCAAGGGAUUCGCAUUUUCGGCCCUCUUCAAUUCUUCGACUUCCUCGCAGUCAACCAACCUAAACGCCACAAACGUCACAUUUGCAAGACUGCCUUCCCCACAUCCUUUCGCCCCAACAAACCCUGCAGCGGAACCACAAACCCGUUCAAACGACUUUAUUG